GCUGACCGAGUCGGGAUGGCUUUAAGCUCGGGAUCACCACCACCGAGCGUUGGACCUUACUACGAAAAUGGUGGAUACCAGCCCGACAGUCUGUAUCCCCCGCGACCCGCUGUGGCCCCCACUGCCUUCUCGGUGUAUCCGGCUCCAUACUACCCGCCCGCGGUACCCCAGUACACCCCGAGGGUUCCAACGAGCGCUUCGACACCCGCCAGCCUCGUGCAGCCCAAAUCCCCGUCAGGGACACUGUGUACCUCAAGGACUAGGAAAGCGCUGUGCAUCGCCUUUGCCCUGGGGACCGUCCUCGUGGGAGCCGUGGUGGCUGCUGUCUUGCUCUGGAAGUUCAUGGACAACAAGUGCUCCGUGUCCGGGAUGGAGUGUGGCUCCUCAGGGACCUGCGUCACUGCCUCUCAGUGGUGCGACGGGGUCCUGAACUGCCCCAGCGGGGAGGACGAGAACCGGUGUGUUCGCCUCUAUGGACCAAACUUCAUCCUUCAGGUGUACUCGUCCCAGAGGAAGUCCUGGCACCCCGUGUGCCAGGACGAUUGGAGCGAGAGCUACGGGAGGGCGGCGUGCCAGGACAUGGGCUACAGGAACAGUUUUUACACUAGUCAAGGAACAGCAGAUGACAGCGGGGCCACCAGCUUCAUGAAGAUCAACAGAAGUGCAGACGACACCGACCUCUAUAAAAAACUCUACCACAGUGAUGUCUGUUCUUCAAAGACAGUGGUUUCUCUGCGCUGUAUAGAAUGCGGGGUCACCGCCAAGAUGGGCCUGAGCCGCCAGAGUCGGAUCGUGGGCGGGACGAACGCUGCCUCGGGGGACUGGCCCUGGCAGGUCAGCCUACAUGUCCAGGGCACCCACGUCUGCGGAGGGUCCAUCAUCACCCCCGACUGGAUAGUGACAGCCGCCCACUGCGUGGAGGAACCUCUGAACAACCCGCGGUACUGGACGGCCUUCGCCGGCAUUCUGCGGCAAUCCUUCAUGUUCUACGGCAGUGGCUACCGGGUAGAAAAAGUGAUCUCUCACCCAAAUUAUGACUCCAACACCAAGAACAACGACAUCGCGCUCAUGAAGCUGCAGGCGCCCCUGACUUUUACCGACAAAGUGAAACCUGUGUGUCUGCCCAACCCGGGCCUGAUGCUGGAGCCCACGCAGCCCUGCUGGAUCUCUGGGUGGGGGGCCACCUACGAGAAAGGGAAAACCUCGGACGUGCUGAACGCCGCCAUGGUGCCCCUGAUCGAGCCCUGGAGGUGUAACAACAGAUACGUCUACAACAACCUGGUCACACCGGCCAUGAUCUGCGCAGGGUACCUGCAGGGGGCUGUCGAUUCCUGCCAGGGUGACAGUGGUGGUCCUCUGGUCACUUUGAAGAGCAGCAUCUGGUGGCUGAUUGGGGACACGAGCUGGGGGUCCGGCUGUGCCAAGGCCUACAGGCCAGGGGUGUACGGAAACGUGACGGUAUUCACGGACUGGAUCUACCGACAAAUGAGGGUAACUUUCCUUCCGCCUCCCGACUGGGUUCUCUCCCUCGCUGUGCCAAAGCCCGAUGUCCCAAGGCGCGGUCCGGCUGCAGCAAGGUGGCCGACAGCUGUCGGCGAGGUGCAGGCACCGCCCCCUUAACCGCGGUGCGCAGCCAGCGUCACGUC